GGUGCCCUUCUUGUUAAGUGGGCAAAACUGCAGUUUUUACUCUGCAGCUUGCGCCUGCGUUUUUUGACGUAAACUUUCUGGCCUGCUGGUUUCGGGUGACUCGCAUUUACCGUUCGCGGAAUCAUCGUAUUUCUAUCCACCACUGCUUCCCCGGCAUGUAGGCAGUCUUUUUCGCUGCACCGCACAAUGACUCGUCAACCGUUCUCGCUCUCGGACCGCCGUGACCGUAUCUCGUUGUGUGACCCCUUUGCCGUGUGAUGUGUGGAUGGACGGUGUUUUCAUCAAGUUUACGCGUGUCCCUAGGCCUAAGCCCGUGCUCCGAGCCACCUCUAGGGCCUCAUGAGCGCUAAUUGCUCGCCAAAUCACUAAGAAAUCACAGACUGCAAAGUGAAGACUCGAGGGGCCACCGGCAACCGACCGAUGGUAGGAGAGACCUCUUACUCCAAAGUCUCUACCAUACUGCCGCCCGGCGUACCUGCAUUCGAGGACGGCCACUGCAAAGAUAACAUGCCGCAAGUCGUCAAGAAAUGGCAAGUCUUCCCGGGAAGAAACAAGUUCUACUGCGACGGCAGGCUCAUGAUGGCGAGACAGACGGGCGUCUUCUACGUCACCGUCGUGCUGAUCGUCGGGACUUGCACGCUGUUUUUUGUGUGCGAUUGCCCUUACCUGGCUCGUGAGAUCAGCCCCGCCAUCCCUGCAGUGGCAGCAGUGUUGUUUCUGUUUGUGAUGUCUGCACUGUUUAGAACUAGUUUUAGUGAUCCUGGAGUCAUUCCCAGGGCCAGUCCUGAAGAAGCAGCUGACAUCGAAAAACAAAUAGAGGUGCCAAAUGGGUCGAGCUCCCCGACUUUCCGGCCACCUCCCCGCACCAAAGAAGUGGUGGUGAGUGGCCAGACGGUCAAGCUCAAAUACUGCUUUACGUGCAAGAUAUUCCGGCCUCCGAGGGCUUCUCACUGCAGUCUCUGUGACAAUUGUGUUGAGAGGUUUGACCACCACUGCCCCUGGGUGGGCAACUGUGUAGGAAAAAGAAAUUAUCGGUACUUUUACGUAUUCAUCAUUUCACUUGCCUUCCUGUGUGUCUUCGUAUUUUCCUGCGUCAUCACGCACAUUGUCUUUGUUGCUCGUGAACACGAGUCAUACCUAGAAGCUGUGAAGGAAUCCCCUGCAAGUGUGGUUGAAGGAGUGGUUUGCUUCUUCUCUGUGUGGUCCAUCAUGGGCCUUGCGGGUUUCCACACCUACCUCACUACGUCCAACCAGACUACCAACGAAGAUAUCAAAGGCUCCUUCUCAUCAAGAAGAGGCCAAGACGUGUUCAAUCCAUACAGCAAGGGCUCCUUCAUCAGCAACUGCGCUUCAGUGCUGUGUAGCCCUGCACCUCCAAGCCUGAUUGAUCGGCGAGGUGUGGUGAUUGCAGACAGUGGACCAGUGUUGAGGGAGAGCUACGGUUCUGUUAAAGCAUUUCAUCUAUCAAGGAACGGUCUUCAGCUCAAUGCGAGCACCGCAAGCGGGGCAGUUGGCCCUACACCCAUGAUAGACAUGAAAUCCAGUCACGUGCCAUACGCCGGGCCCCCCUUGCAUACAGGGAGGGCUACAUUACCCCAAGCCGCCAAUGGCUCCUAUCCGCGGGACGUACUCUAUCAAAACUCUGGCAGCCAUGCAGGGAGGGGCCACAUACCCGUGGCCGUAGUGCCGCCGCAGUCGCGCCACCCAUCCGAGCCAAGUUCGAUCACCAAGGGUCUACUCCCAGACAGCAUCGACCAUGAGUUUGGGGUAGACGCUGGUAGUCAGCUCUCGCUCCUCAAACAAAGUUCGGUGUGACCACGCCAGGCACGAUCUCGCAGUCCCGGAAGGCUGCGCCACGGAGUCCCACCACUUGCCAGCUCAUCGGGCCACUGUGCAGUUGUCGGCUACGACCCCCACGUGGCCAAUGAGGGCAAGACGGCAAAACAGAAUGCAAAGAGCUUGUCAACUUGAGAUUAUCCACUCCCGAGCCAAACCAAGAACCACGUUGUAACACGACAUGCAAGUCCGGCGCCAGCCACCGUAGGACCGAAACAAAGAAACUGCUGCUCAUAACUUUUUCUCAUCACAAUCUGCACACGACUCGCUGAUCACUGCACCCCAUUAAUUUUUCACGGCACGAUUGACUUAAAUGGUCUUACGGUGGCUAAUGGUAGAUCCUGAGUGCGCUGACCUGACGAUUUCGAAGAUACUGUUUUUAAGUCUGUUGUGGGCAGGUUUUAUGCCAGUUGUUGUAUGUUCGGCUAUGCGAUACAUUGUACUCUCCCUUGAGGUGAUUGGAACAAUUUAGUAAGAAUCAGGUUCACUAGCUGCAUUUGUUACCUCUUGAUGUGAACAGAACUUUCUCUUCAUAGUUUACCGUGGGUCGAACAUGUGAUGCAGUUCGCCUUCCAGUUGGCACAGGGAGACCUCUGAUUCAUUGUGCUGCUUUUAUUAUUAUUAAUAUUAUUACUGUUAUGCCAUUAGCGCAAUCACUUGCCUAUUUUAAAACUCACUAAUGCGCACCUCAGCAGUACAUUCGUGUUGCAGCUUUCUGUAUUGCGUUCUUGAUUGCAUGUCGUGUUUUAGCAGAGUUUUGCUUGUCAUGUUAAUCUUUGUGAGACGUAUAUCCUGUUUGCUUUUCUUCUCAAAUCCUGACAAUGAUUGUAGCAAUCUUUCAAAUGCUAUAUGGUGCUUUCUGUGUUGGAGUGGUUUGCUUAGCUGCGCCGUAGGAAAAUAACUUUUGUCUCAGGCAAAGCAAUACCAGCACUUCUGAGUUGGAAUGUGUAAGCUUAUAUACGUGGCAGUUUGCACGCUUUGUCAUUAAAGAAUUGCAAUCAAACGUACACUGUCGGACAACCCCUAGUCACGCUUCGUUUGAGCUCACAGCCAUAUGGGCAGUCGCACAAUGGUCACAACGAAAGCUGGCCCUAGCCUUUCCAUGUGAACCCGCCAAUCAUACCUUUAGCGAGCACCACCAUUAGGACAGAGCUUUUAUUUCGUUAGGGUAUUGCGUGUGCCCUUUCUGCCAUACUGAGUGGGUGUUGGUUUUUAUAUAUAGCAGGCUAUAUUAGGUGUGUAGCAAGUUUGUGUAAAUGCUAUGUGUCCAUGCUCAUUUUAUUUUUUAUGUUUCUUUUUUAUUUAUGUGAAGACUUGGGACUUAUAACUUUGAACAAAGACUGUAAAGAGAAAAAAAAAAAACUAACAGUCCCUCCUAAAGGUGCACACCCCCAUUUAUCUGCUCACUUGUGUCUCGUCGCUUUUUUUUUUCUUUUGUUGGUCCUGUGUACAGCUAAAUAUGUAAUGAAUUUAUUACUGCUUCCAGUCUGUUUGCCGAAGUUUAGAUGGCCACCUAUUGUGAAGGAUACGCAUAAAGUUGCUUAGAAAUAAAUUCUCACCCGUAUGGGUUGGCCAUCAUGUUUGGUUGGUGCUCAGCGGGAUCUUAAGUGCAAAUAAUUAAGGCUUAUUAGCUUAUUGCUAUCAUAUUGAGACUCACCUGUGAGGUCUCGCAUGGCGUUUGUCCAGCUUCGAGUCUUCGAAAGACUGAAAAGAUGUGUUACAGCGAAGAUGUGUUUUUCUGAUGGUGCAUUUCACCUGCAUCUUGUGCCGUUGAAAAAAAAAAUGUUUGGCUGUUAUAAAUCGUUCUUGAUUGGACUUGUGAUGGCAUGUUUGCUUCAGGACAUGGCGUUAUAUUUAUUGCGUGAAAGUUACGUCGUUGUGGUUUCUGCUCGAGGCCAUUGUGUACAAACCAUUUGGUCGUUGAAGGAAUUAUCACGAGGUGAAUUAACAUUCAUUGGUAUAAACUAAGACUUCGAAGUGUUUCGUGAUCUUUUUUGUGUCUGUGUUAUCUCACAGCAUUUAUGAAGAUUUGUGCUUACACGCUUGUCUAGAUGGCCAGUUAUGGGUAUCAUGAAAGACUAAUAUUACAUAUAUUGUAGGGCACCACUUUUGCUGCUGGCAGUACACCACCAGUGCUUGUCUGCUGGCAGUAAACCACUUAGUUUAUCGUGUUUCUUGGCCUUGGCUGAACAUUCAAGAUUGUUCUUACUUCAAUGAUUUGCUUCAAAGUACCAAUGUGUUGCGAAAAAAACAACAGGAUUUUAGUAUUCGGCAAUGGCAUGUACCGAUGCUUGUAUCACUGUACAUAUGCAUAUACAUAUAUAAAUAUAGUUGAAAUGUAUAUAAAUGCACUGUGUAGAUAUUUUUGUGGAAUGUGUACAUUGGGUUUUUAAUUGUUAUGCUUUUUGCAUAUCGAUAUUGCAAUAAAUAAUUUUAUACGAUUGGG